UACGUGAUUAGUGGAAAACUUUACAAUAACCAAAACUUUGUUGAAAUUCUGGUGGUCCCUUUUUCUAUUCACAAAAAAAAGUUUUUAACUCUUUCGAUGAUUAUUCAAACUUCAAACAACAAUACUUAUCACUUAAUCUUUCUAAACACGUUGCAUUAGACCAGGAAAAUUUGUUGAUAAAGGAGAACUUUCUUCAUCAUCUCAGAAAAAAACAACUUUUGUUUCGUAAUUUAUUCAGUUUAAACUACCAACUUCUGUGUUAUAUAUACUGUCAUAUAAUUUACAAUUUUUGCACCAAAAUCAACCAACAACAACAACAUAAAGGAUUUUUGCGUGACAGGGUAAAUUUUGCUCCAAUAUUUUGGGAAAGACUGAGAUUGAAGAUUUUGUGUUUCUUAUGAAACUGAUGUUGAGAAAUAGAAUUGAAUUGUAAGACAAACAAACAUGGCUGUGAAGAACAUUGUAUUAAUUUCUGAAAAAAGCCGAAGAUCAUGGAUUUGCAAUGUUUUUCAAGCAGCUUCUGCACUUGUUUUAACUUACGUUAUAGGAAGUGUGUUCAUUUUACCAGUUUACAGACAGGAGACUCCGAAAAUGGCAUUAGCUGAAAAUAUGGACAUAUUGCUGGGUAAUAGAUGUGAGAACCAGUGCAGACCACGUGGAAGCGAGUCCUUGCCUCAAGGUAUAGUUGCAAAGGGUUCCAAUCUGGAAAUGCGACCACUAUGGGGACUACCAGAGAAACGUAACUCGUCAGUUAGUUUGCUGGCAAUGGCUGUUGGCAUUAAGCAACAACAACUUGUGAAUGCAAUGGUUAGCAAGUUUCUCUCGAGGGGUUUUUCAGUAAUGCUUUUCCAUUAUGAUGGUAAAGUCAAUCAAUGGAACAACUUUAGUUGGAAUGAUCGUGUCAUACACGUAUCUGCAAUAAAUCAAACUAAGUGGUGGUUUGCAAAGCGGUUCAUGCACCCAGAUGUAGUUGCUGCCUAUGAAUAUGUUUUCCUCUGGGAUGAAGAUCUUGGGGUAGACUAUUUUGACCCUAUACGGUAUGUGUCGAUUAUUAAAGAGGAGGGGCUUCAAAUCUCCCAGCCAGCACUUGAUGGUAACAAAUCAGAGGUGCAUCAUCAGAUCACAGCUCGUGGAAGGAGAGGAAAAAUUCACAGGAGGAUGUACAAGCAUGAUGAGUGCUAUGAAGACAGUAAAGGUCCUCCUUGUACUGGAUGGAUAGAGGUCAUGGCUCCGGUAUUCUCACGGGCAGCAUGGCGUUGUGUAUGGUACAUGAUUCAGAAUGACUUGAUUCAUGCUUGGGGUUUGGACAUGCAGCUUGGAUAUUGUGCGCAGGGUGAUCGCACCAAAACUAUUGGGGUUGUGGAUGCCGAGUAUGUGAUUCAUCAUGGCCUUCCUACACUAGGGGAGCCGUUAGGGACAAAGCCUAAACUUCAUGUUCUUGACGAGCGGAUUGAAGUGAGGAGACAGUCCUACAAUGAGUUCAAGAUUUUCAGAAGACGGUGGAAUAAAGCUGCUCUAACGGAUGAAUGCUGGACAAAUCCCUAUCCGGAACCAUUGAAGCCAAUCUUCCGGUAGCAAGUACAGAUUACCAAGAUUGCCUUUAUACAGAGACUAAGAACAUACAACGGUUUAUCGAUAGCUUUUACAGAAAUGAAGACUGCUAACUAUUUAUCAGGAUUCAGGAAGAACAUUUUGUACAGUGGAGUUUGUAUACUGCCAAUUACAGCGUAUUGAAGCUUUUGAGUAUUCUUUGUUAGGUUUGAAUUAUGUGCCAUAUUUGGCUUGCAUAUGUUAUGUAUACAACUAUAUAUGAUACAAUUUUAUCAUGGCAAUCUUAAUACAUGACCAUUUUAAUUGUAGAAA